AAUUCAUUUUUAAAGUUCCAUGUGUGACUGAUUAGCAGUUUGAGGGAAAUACUUAGAGUCAGAGCCGCAGGCUGGGGCACAGCCUUGUGCAAAACGGUCAGAGUGAGCCUCUGCUGGGAGGUGAGGGGUGAGUCCUGGCAAGGCUGGAAGGAAAUGGGCCCAGGGAAAGGCCAGCCCCACAGCCCAAGGGGACCAAGAGCUCUUUGCAUCCCAUGCAUCUGAAAGGACCUCCAGAGCCCCAAGGGCAGGCCAGACAGAGCUGGGCCACUCCAAGGACUUGCUCUGCCUGUCCAAAGCCGCUGACCUGGACCAUCACUGGGUGGCCAAGGCCUGGCUGAAUGACAUCGGGCUAUCCCAGUACUCUCAGGCCUUCCAAAACCACCUGGUCGACGGGCGAAUGUUGCACUCCCUGAUGAAGCGGGAUCUGGAGAAACACCUGAAUGUGUCCAAGAAGUUCCACCAGGUCAGCAUCCUGCUGGGGAUCGAGCUGCUGUACCAAGUGAACUUCAACAGGGAGGCCCUCCAGGAGCGCCGCGCCCGCUGCGAGACACAGAACAUAGACCCCGUGGUCUGGACCAACCAGCGGGUGCUCAAGUGGGUACGGGACAUUGACCUGAAGGAGUAUGCGGACAACCUGACCAACAGUGGCAUCCACGGUGCUGUGUUGGUGCUGGAGCCCACGUUCAAUGCCGAGGCCAUGGCUACCGCCCUGGGCAUCCCCAGUGGGAAGCACAUCCUCCGAAGGCACCUGGCAGAGGAGAUGAGCGCCGUCUUCCACCCGGCCACCUCCUCAGGCAUCCGGGAGGCUGAGCGUUUCGGGACACCCCCAGGGAGGGCCUCCAGCAUCACGCGGGCGGGGAAGGAGGAGAACAGCGGUGGCGGUAUCAAGUACAAGGCUGGCCGGCUGCCCCUGGGGAAGAUAGGAAGGGGCUUCAGCAGCAAAGACCCCGACUUUCAUGAUGACUAUGGCUCUCUUCAAAAUGAAGACUGUGGAGAUGAUGACCCCCAGGGCAGGCCAGAGCAGUGCCGUCUGGAGGGCUACAACGGCCUCGAGGUCACCAACGUGUAAGGAAUGCAUUCUCCACCAGACCCAGCACAAACACACCCAACUGAGGACGAGUAUCCAGAUGCUGUCACCACUGUACAUAGGGACCGCGGGCCAAGGAUACUCCUCUACUCCUGGGCAAAACCCCAGCAGACAGGAGCUCCAGGGAACAAGGUGGCUCCAGUCUGCCUGUCUCGAGCAGGCUGUGGACCUUCCAGCUCAGUGGAAGGACCUGUCGACAUAGCCUCUCUGUAACCCAGGCUCCCCCUCAGAGCGACUGUCAGCCAGUGAGCAGUACAGGCGGCCCCUGGAGCCUUGAACGGAGCUGCCAAGAGGGAAGUAGGCCGGCGGUUCCCCAAAACACCCUUCCAGAAGGAGCAGGCGGGACUCCAAUCAGACACGCAGAAGCCAGCACUGGCAGUGCUAGGAGCCAGCAAAGCAUGAGGCUGACCAGUGGGCCCUUCUGGCCAGCCUCAGGGAGCUCUUGGCUCCAGUCCCCGUAUCCCUGAUGACUGAGAACUCCGGUUCUGACUUGGGUCACUGAAUCUCUCUUGGGAGAAUGCAAAAUGGGAUGGUCAUUCCCUUCCAUCCUAAAAGCCGUGUGUCACACAGGGUGGACACGUAGAACGGCUAUUUGCCUUCUCCUCCCAUGAGUGGCUGCUCUGGGCAGGUGGAGGCAAGUAGGUGAUCAGGGAGGGGUGGGGCUUAGCAGCAAAGUUUCUAGGAAAUGCAGAUUUCCUGUCACUGGGAUAAAGGAUAUCCUGAGGAUAGGAGCGGGGAUGAUGGACUUAGAUCAGUGACAACCAACUAUGACAGUGGGUUUGGGAUUGGGAGCAGGGAAAUGCUUGUCACUGUUGACCCAACAACAGUGACACUUGGUUGUGAUUUCUCAGUCACCUGAAACAGGUGUGCUUCCCAGCACCCUCACUGAGAUGAACCUUGCAGAGCAAAGUCAUGAAGGUGAUGGAGAGAACCCCCAGCCCUUUGCCUGACUCUGCCACUAUUCUGCUGUGUGACUUCUUCCCGGUGGCCUCACCUCUCUGUGCCUCAACGUCUUCAUCUAUAAUACUCCUGGCUCCCUCCCAGGGACGUCAUGAGAAUUAACACUUGCUAAUGUCUGUAACACACUUUGUAACCUCUCAGGAGACAGGUGGGAAGGUAUGGGGACAGAAGGAACGGCCCGAUAUCCCAUUCACGACACAGACAUUGAACGGGUCCUCUGCAGCUGUGUUCUGGUUGGGGCCAUGUGCAAAAGGAGGACAAGGAAUGCCUACCGUUCAGACUCUCUAGAGCCCCCAGUAGGGCUUGACCAAAGAGAGAGGGAAAAAGCCCACAUUACACCACCCUGGAAAAACCAGUCUGAUUCAUGUGUUCGGGCUUGAGCCUGUUGACCUUGGCGUUGAGUGAUGAUUUGGGAGGGCCAAGAUGCAUCGGAGUUCUACUGAUGCUCGGGUUGUCAGAAUCAUUUGUUGGGAUCACAACACUGAAGCCAUUUGCCCAAGAGUCACGAGAGGUCUGAAUUUCCAAGACCCGACCAGGUAAGUGACAGCCUCUGAGAACUGUCAAAGCCCACGUUCUUCAACCCAAUGAACUGUUUGCCCUCCUAGGAAAAGCCUCAACCAAGGCGUGAUGAACUUGAGAAUGACUCCUCCCCAGGGCUGACGACCAUGGUUUUCUCUCUGACCUUAAGAUAAGCACAGCUUUUCUUACCCCUGGAAACCAAACGCCUGGCUGGUGGACAGGUGGAUGGCCCCUGCCUUUCGUCUGAAUGUUUAGCCUCCGAGGGUCACAUCUCCGACUCCAGGGGCCUGAGGGAGAAGCUCCGGUAUCUAACUUAGCUUUGCUGGGGUUCCGAACCCCAGGAUCCUCAUGACAUGCAGCCACACAAGGCGCCUGAAGAUGCAGACCCCACAGCCAGGAUUGGGGGGCUCCCCUCUAACCUGAUGCCACAGGUCCCUCCUAAGCCAGCAUCCAGGCUAGGCGACCCGGGGCCCCAGGAUCUGCCUCUUGCAAGCUAGGCGGGAAAUGAUUCCCACAAGGUGAGGAAAGGAGGCACAAGGGGGCCCGCGUGCAGCUCUGAAGCCUUAAAGCCAACGUUGACCCGAGUUGUCAGACAUGAACCUGGCGCUCCCCCCCCAUUCAUUCCCAUAGGGGAUAAGAUGGGCAAGUGGACAAUUUGGGGGGUCACUGGCGGGAAUGGCAUUGAUCUCCCCCAAAUUUGCAGCAUCAGGCCAGCAGGCCUGGGGCAAUGCGAACAAUGUUGUAAGCACCUUCCCAGUCCCAGUGGUACAUUUUCUCCCAGCCCAUGGUCCCAUCCUUCGCAGCCAGAGGAGCGUUUGGAAUCGGCUUUUCACACGAGGACAGGUCGGCUGAUAAAUUAACAACCUCCACACACAGUCAAAUCCGGUGGGCUUUGUCUGCUGAAGAGAAAAUUCCAAACAUCUGCUCUGCUUCAAGGGUGGGCAGGACUGAGCGGAGAGAUUCUGGGAGCAAACGGACUACAGCUGGCAGAGCGGCCACGGACGGAACAGUGACCCACCACGGCCUGUCCACAGGGCCCGAGGUGUGGUCUUAGGGCUUUUGGACCUGGGAAUGCUUCUUGGAGAGGUGUCCUCGGCGCCCAUGGGUACUAGCCCCUUAAAAAGAGGUAGUCGGUGCCAGAGGUUGGGGAGACCUAGAGUAAGCAGAGGCACCCCGUGUUUCUGCGAGAAGCUGGGGACCCGAGCCCUCGGAAGGCACCUGCCCGGCAGACUCUCGGCUUUAGGACCCCAGACCCCUCUGAAAGGCCCCUUUGUCAUUAGCUACGCAGAACCUUUCUCCUAAAAAUCUGUCAUCAGGGUCCAGGUUACAGAAGGCAGGAAGAAGCCGCAAGAAAACCUGGACCAGAUGCGGGAGAAGGGAAGGGGGCCUUUGCACAGCCCAGAGUCACAGGGGCGGGGGAGGGAGAGCUCAGAACAGUGACCCCGCAUCUUGAGGUCCCUCAACAGGGCUGCAUGUGGCAGAAUGGGAAGAUUCAGCAGGACGAGAUUUCGGUGUCUGCUGUGGGGGACCCCGGAACCCUCUAUGGCUCCAAGCUUAGCCCUCCCACUCCCCGGCAAAAACCGUAUGUCCGGGCACCGUCCCUUCCACGCUACUCUUCCAGGCUCCAGCGGGCUCCCAGCAGUGGAGCGGCGAAGAGCAAAAAGCCAGGGGACACAGCAGCUUCUGAAGCCAGCAUUACUGCCAACGGCUGGCUGGCGAGAAGGACUUCCCAACACAGAGGCAGCUUGUGGCUACACAGAGAACCAGUUAUCCAUGAGCAGAGAUGAUGCCCCUGGCCUUUCCGUGGCUGGUCAUGGCCCCGUGUCUUCCGAGGAGUGAAUUUUAACAGUGUAACAAUAAAUACUACUGCACAGUG